AUGGCAGACUUCCAGCUUGACGAUCUACCCACCUACAUGAUAUGGCGAUCAGAACCAUUGGACGACAGCUUCGACCUGACUACAGGGCUCAACUUUUUCCCGACCAAAGGCUCGGCUGAGUUGGAUGAGGCGCUGCAAUUUUGGUUUCUACUCUCCCAGACUCCUCAGGUGAGAAGACGAGACGCAGUCAUCGCAUUCUUGAACGAGGAGAAGGACAAUUCGUCGUCAGAGGCUAGCGGACCCUUAUCUUCAACAGAGCUCGACAAUGGAACACAAACUUCAACUUCCGCGAGCACGGGUUUUCAUUCAUACGACACCGGACCUCAUCAGUCACCACCGACCGACAUCAUCUAUGGACCCAUAGACGAGUGUGUCAAUCACCAUCUUCCACCACCGGCUCCUCUUGAGGGUAAUGUUGAAGCCCAUUUCAUGAACAUGGUACGCAUCAUACGUCGCAUCAGCGCCAGGAUAUACGGCACUCCAUCGGAAGCCCUUCCUCUGCUGGAGAGCCCUGACUAUCACACAAGCAUGGGAGCUCCCCCCUCUGGAUCAACUGAGCAGCACGAUUCGUACAGAAUGGCUACCAAUGUGAACACGGCGACUGUCUCAAGACCUUCAACCGCGCCUGCGACCUACGUCACCAUACCCGAAAACACAUCGCACCGCACGAACGCCCCUUCGUUUGUCUUGACUGUGGCAAGCGAUUCCUCUGGCAAAAGGACCUCUCAAGGCAUCACGGCCAAGUGCACACGAGGCUGGGUAAACACCCUCACGCUAGGUCACCGAGACGCUCUCACGUCUGCAGCGAUUGUAGCGCAAGGUUCUCUCGUUUGUCAGACAUGGUACGACACCACAAAUGCGUCCAUAAUAGGUGUCCUGUUCGUGUCGACGACGACGUGA